UGAGCACGGGAGGCGGAGUUAAUGCAUUUCUUUCCAUGACUUUCCUUGCAAGAUCGCGCUUGAGUGCGUUCUCGUUGUCCCACAACGGACUCACGAAGCAUCUUGUCAAAAUGUGUGAUUUGUGAUCAUCACACACAUUAACGCUAGAAGUCAAGAUGAAGAGGGGAACCUUGGCCUUUUUGGGUCGGAAGGAUCAUUCUCUCUUUGACACCAGCAUCAAAAUGAGGGAAAUGGAUCACGUCGAGCUGGUGCUGAACUCACCAACUUCUCCAGAGUCGGGUACCGCCAGUGUCCGUGCUAGACCAACCGUCAAGCAUUACACAACUUCAGAGAAUUUUCAAGCAUUUGCUGUCCCAACACCGAAAGUGCCAAUCCUCCCCCCUAUCAGUGGUUCAAAGGUCAAUAGUGCAGUCAAUGGAGAUGUGUUCUCGUAUGAUUUAGCGGAGGAAGAAAUAAUAGUUCCGCCUCCUCCCCCCAUGGCCCCUCCCCCACCUCCAGAGACGUUUAUCCUCCCUCCACCAGACUUCAUGGGCUACCUAAGCAGUUUAGAGAUGGCCUCCCUUCAGCCUCCCUCAACAAGUCCUCCGAAGCCACCCAUCAAGAAAGACAAAAGUCGUCGCGUCAUAAAACCCCCAACUGAGGCCCCACCGGAGCCUCCGUCCAUGGAUUCCAGUGAAACUCUCAUUUCAAAACCGUCCCCGGCUAAAGUUCCCAAACAUCCAAAUUUCGCCCCACCACCGCCUCCGACUAAAGAGCAGCCGAAGACCGCAAAGAUUCCCCCUCCAAAACCAAUUAGACUUUCAUCUAUGGCCAACACCGAUUCCCCUCCGCAUAUUCCCGCCCCAUCGCCCCCUGUGAAGACGCGCACGCAGUCAACGUUCAAUCCUCAAAACUCAGCAAAGCUUAACCAAGUUUCCAACACGUCAAUCCUCAAAGGCUACGUGGAACAAGACACAAGACCCAAGCAGAUGUUACUCUUUGAAGAUACUGGUCCUGCCAGCCCAAUGCCAAAGUUGGUCCAGGUGAACGGGAAUAUUCCCAGGGAGACGCCAACCAAGCCAAUUCGCAAAGAUCCACAGCAUCACAAUGAGACUUUACAAAGUCGGACACCUCGACAUGAGCCUCCCAAAUCAAUUCCCAACGAUGUUCUUUAUUACAAUUUAGAGAAUUUACAAAAUACUCUGCCCGCUCAAUCAUCAGUCCCUGAGGUGACGACACAGGCUAAUGCGGUAACAGUUUCAGCACAAAAUGAAAUGGUCAAACCACGCGGGGUGCCAUACAAAAUCCCAAGAAAGCUUCAGACAUGGAACAAAACUGUCUUGACCUCUGAUGAUAUCCAAGGAAAACUUAAUCCAAAACCAGAUGGUAAAUUUAGUCCAUCGUUAGCUCAUAAACGAUACAGCCUCAAGAAUGAUGAAACCAUUGCGGCUCAAGAUUCUUCUUCGGCUUCCCCGCUUUCGCUGCUAAUGGCGGCUAAGGAACGUGAUAAGAAUAAGUCUUAUGAAAUUGCGACAAUGAAGAUUAAUCAGCGCAGAGGAAGCACUCACAAUUCGAUUGCCCAAACUUUGCCGACAAUGUCAAGAUCCCUCUCAAGCUCUGCACUCUUUCAUCCAGAUGAAGUCCAAGACAGUCCAACUUCUGACAAUCCCGUCCAGUAUUGGGAUACAAAAUCAGCAACCAUUGCACGGAUGACUACUGGACAAACAUACAAUUCACCAGAACCAACUUCAUCAGAUAUGAGGAAACUGCUUGUGGAGAGGAAUUAUUCCUAUGUUAAGUCUGGAGGGGACAAGGUACGCUUUUUUCUUCCUCCACCUCCAGAAUUUGAAGAUUUUGGUAACAUUACAGAGCCCUCUCCUUCCAUUCGUUCUCCUGAGCCACUGUUGAAAAUGGCACCACAAACAAAUAGAAAUUCUCUUCCACCUGCUCACGUUCCACCUUCACCGGUUCCCAAACCCUCAAAACAGCCGUCUUUAAAUGCCAAUGUCCAACCGAAGCCGCAGUUCCAGACAUAUUCGACGGUGAACUCCGCACAACAGCCAACAUCUCUAUCGCCGAGUCAAACCACACUUGUGAGCAUCUUACAAAAAAAAAUGUUGGAGAUGGACCACAAAAUUACUCCCACGGACGAGACAGACUAUGACGCUCAAGACUGGAGUGUCCCACUCUCGGAGGAAGUCAAAGUUCCUGUCAUCCCAAAGACCACACCACAGGUCAAAAGUGCUUCCACUGGAACCAACCAAACAACAACCCACAAGCAGGAAGUGAAAAUGGUUAGCAAACUUCCAGUAAUUAACAGCAAUGAACGGCACUCAAGCUACCAGUAUGGAAUGACUUAUCGAAUUCGCCCGGGAACACAACAACCCAUUACUCUCAUUAGAAAAGGACCAUCAUGAGUAAACAAGAUCGGUAUUUUUCCAAUACACAUGGUCGAUUUGGUAUCAUACUUAGUGCUAAGACGGUAUGCUGCACAGAAUGUAGAGGGGGGAAAAAAACAACUGAGGUAAUGCCCACUAACUGGAAGGGUAAUAUAGUUUUUAGCCACAGUUUAAUCACAAAUCUGAGAUAGUAAAUGGGCAUUUGUUAUUAGAUGUGAGAAGCAAAACAAACAGUUAAUGUGUCAUGCUAAACGAGAACACAAAGUUACAAGUUUUACAACCUUACGAUGAGGGCUACAAUUUUGACAGUAUAGACAAACGUAGGAAGUUGCGGACAAAAAGCUGUGACUUUUUAAGUGUAAAGACGUGCAGUAGUGGACAGCUUGGCAUAAACCUUUUGCUAUCAGAUUGAUCUAUUUAAAGAAUCUUGAAUGUAAGUUUUAAUCAUGUAAACUGAAAUUAAGCACAUCCCAAACAGUAUAUUGUAGCAGUAAUCUUAAUUUUCUGUCAAGCUGUAUCUAUUGCCGGAUCUUUGCAAUCAGACUGCCUUGCGUAGAUCUUUCAUUUGUAUUAUUUCUUAUUUUAAUCAAUGAAGGAGAUUUAGUUUUAGAUUGUUUUUGUGCAGUACAAACUAAGUGUACUAAUGCUGACAGCAGCAAUAUUUGUACAUAUAUUUAUGUUAGGCUAGGGUCUAAGAAGUAUUCAUCACCUAUGCAAAUUUGGUUUUACCAAUCUCAAUCUGAUUAAUAAAUUCCGAUUGAUAAGGAA